UGCUCGACACCGUCCAGGGAACCUCAGUCACGAAGAUGUCAAAGAUCCUCCUUGAACGGCGGCCCACCGCCCGCACCGCGCUGGUAGCUGCCAUCUUGAGAGCUGCAGCGGGAAGCGGAGCGGCCGGCCCCGCCCCGGCAGUGCGCAGCGCCGCUCGCCGCGGCCUGGCCAAGAUGGCGGCGGCGGCCCUGACCCGGGAGGGCGGGGAGGACGCCUUCCGCCGGCUUUUUCGCUUCUACCGGCAACGCGAUGUGUCGGAUUUGCGGGGCGUGGUGGACUUCUCCGUGCCGGGGGGGCAGGUGUUCAGAUCACAGCUCAGUGUUUCUUCAGUCAGUGAUCAAGAUGCCUACAGGGCAGGAUUACAGCCAGUUAGCCAGUGGAAAGCCUAUGGCCUCAAGGGAUAUCCAGGGUUUAUUUUCAUUCUAAACCCUUUCCUCCCGGGCUGCCAGCGUCACUGGGUGAAACAGUGUCUCAAGCUCUACCCCCAGAAACCCAACGUCUGCAACCUGGACCUGCACAUGGCUCCUGAGAAGACCAUUGACCUGUGGGGACAGAGCAAGGAGCAGCUGAAAAGGAAAGGUUCCAGUAAACGGGAGCCCAGAAGCUUACUGGAGAAGCUGCGCUGGGUGACCCUUGGCUACCAUUAUAAUUGGGACACUAAGAAGUACUCAGCAAAUCACCACACUCCUUUCCCCUCAGACCUUGCAUUCCUGUCAGAACAAGUGGCUGCAGCCUGUGGGUUCCGAGGUUUCCAAGCCCAAGCAGGAAUCUUGAACUACUAUCAUUUUGACUCUUCACUGGGAAUUCAUGUGGAUGAGUCUGAACUAGACCAUUCUCGGCCCCUUUUAUCAUUCAGUUUUGGGCAAUCCUCAAUAUUUUUGCUCGGGGGCCUGAAGCGGGAGGAAGCCCCAACAGCAAUGUUCAUGCACAGUGGAGAUAUCAUGGUGAUGUCCGGCCUCAGCCGGCUGCUGUACCAUGCCGUACCCCGGGUCCUCCCCAACCUUGAAGGGACAGUUUUGCCUUCAUGCCUGGACCAAGCACUCUCGUCAGACCUUCCUGUUGGCUCAGUCAUUGAGCACAGCUCCGACGAGGACUGGCAGGUCUGCGCCAAGUACUUGCAGUCUUCCCGCAUUAACAUGACGAUUCGGCAGGUGCUGGCUGAGGGCCAGAAAUUUCCAGAGGAAUCUGGGACGAACGGAAAGAGCCAAGCAGCCUCUGAAGACAGUCACCAUCAGCAGAACAGCAGAGCCAAGAGACAUAAACCAAAUACAGACAGCUGAGACCAGGAGAACAUGCCGGUACAGACCGGACAGGCAACCUCCGUAUGGAAUUGGGAACUGAAGUAAAGAUGCCAGAAGUCACUGGCCUGUAUUUGAGUUAAUAAACUUCUGCACAGUAAAUGUGGCUCUUCUUGCUGUAUGAAAUGGGUUGGGGAAGAGAAUUUAAAAGGAAAAGAAAGAAACUGUUCAGGACCAGGACUUGGGAUGAACUCCAUUGGCAUCCUGUUGCAGAUGUUUACUGUGCACUGUUCCCUUAAAAAUACAGAGAAUUGUAAGCUUGAUUCAUAACGUGUUCUGUAAUGGGCAGGCAGAAAAUGCUAGCAAAAGACACGCAAUUGCAAUGUGUUAAAGAAUCCUAUUGGGCUUGUAAAGCUCAGCUAAAGGGCAAUGACAGGUAUGAAUGAGAAUAGGCUGCUCUGGCUGUGAGACCUACCUGCAGCAAUUCCAGAAUUACCUCUACAGCAAAAAUUGAUUCAGUAAUCAUAAGGGAGCAGCUCCCAUGAGCAACACCUGCUAUAAGCUUGCUCUAGCCCUGUGCUCUCCUUUUGCCUGCUUGCACCCUCUUACCUGCAGCAGAAGGUGAGCAGUGUUAUGAGUGGAACUGGACUUCAUUUGCAUACCUCAGAUUUUAGAGAGAAACAACUGGGGGCAAUACCUACUUGGAAUGUGUAGUAGGUCCCAGCUGGAUCUCCUCCCAACAGUAAAUAUGUGGCUGAGCCCUACACCCUUCUCCUUUCAAAAAUGCCCACUUAAGUGCCUGAAGAUUAUGGUCCUCCAGUCCCAAGCUAGUAUCUUUAAGGAAGAGAAUGACUUGCAAGUAGAAGCAAUGAACUUGUAAAUUAAGUACCUAAAAAACAUUAAUCAGUGACUAUCUCUGCCACCCAAAGAUAAAUAUACUGAAACAAAGAAAAGGACUAGUUUUUGUGCCAGUUCUUUUUUAAGACUCAGACCUUCCUAUCUGCUUUUUAAUGCAAUUUUAAUUGUUGGAGUUGAAUGCACUGUGUCUGGGGUAUUUUGUUGCACUUUCUCAAUGAAUGAGCUUACUCAGUUUUAAAUUAAAGGUCUCUAUCAGUUUGGGGCUGGCUUUUUUCGUCAUUUCUUUU